AGUUUGACGUUUAGAGGUAAACAAAUUCCCGUUCGUUGUUUGUGGAAAAUGCUGCCUGGAAUCGGUGUUUUCGGCACGGGGGCCGUAGUGAAAGUGCUGGUGCCGAUUCUGCGCGAGAACGGCUUCAAAAUAGAAGCGAUAUGGAGCAGAUUGCUGCAGGAUGCGCAAGAAGCGGCGAAAGAAUUAAACAUACCGUUCUUCACGAACAAAAUCGACGAUGUGCUGCUCAGAAAAGACGUCGACUUAAUUUUCGUGCUGUGCUCUCCGAACCUGCACGCCCAGAUUUCCGUUAAAGCCUUGGGGAUCGGAAAACACAUCGUGUGCGACAAACCCGCCGGUUUAAGUCAAGCUGACGCCCUCAAAAUGGUCAGAGCGGGCCAGUACUACCCCUCCUUGAUUUCCCUCAUAAACCACUCGUUCAGAUUUUUACCCGCGUUCACGCACAUGAAGAAAACUCUGAACGAGAGCUAUCUGGAGUCGCCAGUAACGUUAAUCGAUAUCCGUAUACAAAGUGGUUCUCUGUUUACUGAAGCGGACAGUUUCGAUUGGAAAUGCGACGAUACCAUGGGCGGUGGAACGUUAAAUUUGAUAGGCAGUCACGUGGUAGACCUGGUUUCGUUUCUAACAGGACAAAAGGCAGUUAGAGUUCAUGGUGUGGUGAGAACGUUCACAAAAAGCACAGAGAAAAUCAGCGGUAUACGACACAUAUCGGCCCCCGAUUUCUGCACCUUCCAAAUGGAGCUGGAAAGUGGGGUUUUGGUGACCGCCACGUUGAACAGUCACACGGUCGGGCACAGUUUUCAGCAGGAAGUGAUGAUUUGCAGCAGCACCGGGCACCUGGUGGUCAGAGGCGGCGAUUUGUUCGGUAAACGGCAGAAAAGCAACGAAGAAGUCAUCUACUUGGACGUUGAAGAUUUGCAGUGCCCUGUGCCCAACUCCAUCCUCCCGAAAACCUUCGUCAAAGGCAUUUGCAAGAUGGUUUCCGCCCUUAGAGAGGCCUUUUUGCCUGUCAACGAAAAAGCGGGCUGGAUUAAGGAGCCUGUGUGUUCGGCUGCCAAUUUCGAGGACGGGCUUUACGUGCAGGCAGUUUUAAGUGCUAUAAGGCAGUCCUCUCAAACGAGGCAGUGGGUUAAGGUUAAUAUUAUGACAGAACAGCCUGAUAAGAAUGAGCUGCUCAGUGCUGUUGUCAGGAGAACAGCCAUUUCAAUAUCUUAAGUAUAUUUAUAAAAGAACCUAAGUAUAAAUUUUUACGUAUUAAAAACAGUUUAAAAUAUAGUUUUUAUGAAAAAUACGCUAAAGAAGCAUCGCUAGUAGCGCCACCAUCGUAACCAGAAUUUAGCUUUUAAUAAGCAGCUGAAAAACACGAUGUUAAAAUAUCGGGAAAAAGACCGUGGCACGAUUUGUUGUGUUGUUGGUUGUUUUUCGAGAGGAAAUCCUGGGUUAAGUUUUUACCGAUUUCCCAAUAAACAGUAGAAAUCCGAAUGAAGGAAUAAAUUGCAUAUAGACCAUGUAAAUAUAAAUUGUACCUUUUAGAUGGGUACAAUAAAUACACAUUUUAGUAGGUAAUGAUUUACGUGAAAAUUGUAAACAUUUUAAUUCAGUAAAAAUCAUAAAACAAAUAAGUCGUCUAAAUUCAAACUUUAGCAUUAUUAAAAGCGUCUUCACUCAACAUUAAAAUACCAAGAACCGGUAUUAUAUUAUGUAUUAUUACAAAAGCAGAUAAAUCCGUUUGAAGUU